CUUUAUACAUCGUUCCCCUUUGUGCCCUAAUACCCUUUUGACACAAACACACAUCUCAUACGAUUUUUUUCUGGUUAUCACCUCAGGCCACUCCAUCGCUUUCCUCCUCCUGCGCGCCACUCCAUCUCCUUCCUCCGCUAGCGCCGCCGACUUGUAAGUCGAAAACAAGAUGAGGAAGCUCAAGUUUCAUGAGAAGAAGCUACUGAAGAAAGUUAAUUUCUUGGAAUGGAAGAGAGAAGGCGGACACAGAGAAGCUCAUGUCAUGCAUCGCUACCAUGUUACUGGUCGUGACGACUACAAGAAGUACUCGAGUUUGUGUAGAAUGACACAAAAACUCGUAAACAUUUUGAAGCAGAUGGAUCCUAGAGAUCCUUACAGAAUCGAGAUGACAGAUGCCCUUCUUGAAAAACUAUACAACAUGGGUGUGAUUCCUUCUCAAAAAAGCUUAGCAUUAUGUGACAAAUUAUCCGUUUCGUCGUUUUGUAGACGUAGGCUUGCGACUGUUUUGGUGAGAUUGAAAUUUGCUGAACAUUUGAAAGAGGCUGUGACUUAUAUAGAACAGGGACAUGUGAGAGUGGGCCCGGAUACUGUUACAGAUCCUGCUUUUUUGGUAACAAGAAAUAUGGAAGAUUUUAUAACGUGGGUUGAUACAUCCAAAAUUAAAAGAAAGGUUAUGGUGUAUAAUGAUAAGCUUGAUGAUUAUGAUGCAAUGGUUUGAAUUUGAUUCGAAUCUUAAUGGUUAAUGGGUUUGUGACAUUUUUGUUUAUGGUUUUUUGAUUGUUAAGUAGAUUUUUAUGUGUAUUGUAUUUUUUCGGCUAUA